AUGAAGUCUCUCAACAAUAAAGUGGGAUUCUCAAGUUUAAAUAUAUCAAUAGUCUUAUUGAUUUUAAUGAUAUCUUUGUUGGCCAGAUAUUUAGUUUCCUUAAAUGGUUAUUCUGGUCAAUCAAAACCACCCAUGUUUGGAGAUUAUGAAGCACAAAGACAUUGGAUGGAGAUAACAACAAACUUAGAUAUUCACCAGUGGUACUUUAAUUCUACAGAUAAUGAUCUCAUGUAUUGGGGCUUAGAUUAUCCACCUCUUACUGCAUAUCUUAGUUGGGUUUUUGGUAAAAUUGGAGAAUUUAUUGAACCAAAAUCAAUGGAAUUAUUUACAUCAAGAGGUUAUGAAACAGAUUCAGGUAAAUUAUUUAUGAGAAUGACAGUAAUAGUUUCAGAUUUAUUUAUUUGGUUACCAUCAGUUUGGUUUUUUGUUAAAACAUUUUAUAAACAAAGAAAUAUUUCUCAACAAAUUUCAGCAUUUCUUUUCAUUUCAUUACAACCUGGUUUGUUAUUGAUUGACCAUGGUCAUUUCCAAUAUAAUGGUGUUAGUUUAGGUUUAGGAUUAUUCGCAAUCACUUUUAUAAUUAGGGAUCAACAACUUUUAGCAAGUUUCUUUUUUGUUCUUUCUUUAAAUUAUAAACAAAUGUGUUUAUAUUAUUCACCAGCUUUCUUUUUUUAUUUAUUAUUAUCAAAUUUUGAAUUUACUCUUAAAUUUUCAAAAAUAUUUUCAUCAAUUUUUAAAAUUUUAAAGAUUGGAAUUGUUGUAAUUUUUACAUUUAUUUUAUGUUGGAUUCCAUUUUUAUCAAUUGAACAAGCAUCUCAAGUUUUGUUUAGAUUAUUCCCAUUCGCAAGAGGAUUAUAUGAAGAUAAAGUGGCAAAUUUUUGGUGUUUUAUUUCAAUAAUAAUAAAUGUGAAAAAUUUAUUUACAACUGAUCAAUUAAUUAAAAUUUGUUUAAUUUUAACUUUAGUAACAAUGUUACCAUUAGUAUAUGGAAUAAAAAGAAUACCAAAGAACAAAUUUGUAUUUAUACAUUCAUUAAUUAAUAGUUCAUUUUCAUUCUUUUUAUUUUCAUUUCAAGUUCAUGAAAAAACAAUUCUAUUAGUAUCAUUACCAAUUUCAUUAUUAAUAUUACAUCAUCCAAAUAUGGUUUGGUGGUUUAUUUUAAUUUCAACAUUUAGUAUGUUUCCAUUACUUUUCAAAGAUGGAUUAGUAAUUCCAUAUUUUGCAAUAAUGAUAUUAUACAUUGUUAUUGGUUAUCAAUUUAAAAAUUCAAUAACUAGAUCAAAUAAUCAAUUCAAACAUCAAAACUCUCAAGAAAAUCUUUUAGCAUCAUCAGAUAAAUCAUUCUAUAGUAUUUAUUUAAAUUAUUGGUUUUAUUUAAAUAUUAUUGGAAUGGUUGUUUGUCAUCUUUUGUAUCAAUUUGCACCACAUCCACCUCAUUUACCAAGUUUAUGGUUACUUUUAGUGUGUAAUUUUAGUUUUAUUCAUUUCAUAUUAACAUUUUUUUAUUUCAUUAAAGAAAUGACAACUUUUUCUCCGAUUAAAAUAAAAAGUAAUUAA